AUGCAUACUUGUGCCGGACCAAAUUAACACCAAUCCCACAAGCGAGCAGUGAAGUAAACAAUGGAGGAACGGGAACCCCUGCCUCUCCAUGUCCGCCAUGUCCACAAACUAUCCAUAUUUAUUAACAGAUCACAUACGCUUACUCACUCCAUAGCUUUAGCUUUCUUGAUUUACUACAGAGCCUCUUUCCUCUUCCAAGACCCCAAGAGCAGAGCAUCCCCAACUCUACCAUGGCUCCUUGUGUUCGCUUCGGAGCUUCUCCUCUCCUUCAUAUGGCUCCUCGGCCAAGCUUAUCGCUGGCAUCCCGUUACAAGGACAGUCUUUCCAGAAAGAUUGCCAGAGGAUGAUAAGCUCCCACCCAUUGACGUGUUCAUAUGCACCGCGGAUCCAAACAAGGAACCAACUGUGGAGGUGAUGAACACUGUGUUAUCAGCCAUGGCUCUGGACUACCCACCCGAGAAGCUUCACGUGUAUCUUUCGGAUGAUGGGGGCUCUCCUCUGACUUUGCAUGGUAUGAGGGAGUCUUGGAGGUUUGCAAAAUGGUGGCUUCCUUUUUGUAGGAAGUAUGGAAUCACGACCAGGUGCCCACAGGCUUAUUUUUCGGCUCCAGAGGAUGAUGGAGGUUGUGAGAGAGCCGAGUUCACGACUGAGCGACAGAAGAUUAAGGAAAGGUACGAGAUGUUCAAGGAAUCUAUUGCAAAAGUAAGAGAAAGAGGCGGGCCAAAGGACAAUAGUAGGAUUACUGCUCGAGAUCACCCUUCUGUUAUUGAGGUGAUAGCAGAUGAUGCCAACGACACUGUGCUGGCAGACCAAGCUACGAUUCCUCUCCUUGUUUAUGUUUCCCGUGAAAAAAGGCCUUCUCAUCCCCAUCAUUUCAAGGCUGGAGCACUCAAUGUCCUUCAACGAAUAUCAAGCGUGAUAAGCAAUUCCCCCUACAUGCUUGUGCUGGAUUGUGACAUGUAUUGCAACGACCCCACUUCAGCGAGGCAAGCAAUGUGUUUCCACCUUGACUCGAAGAUCUCACCCUCCCUAUCUUUUGUCCAAUUCCCUCAGAGAUUCCACAAUAUCAAUAAGAACGACAUCUAUGACGGUCAGCUGAGGUCAGCAUUUUCGGUGCAAUGGCAAGGUUUAGAUGGACUUAAGGGACCCGUCUUAUCGGGGUCGGGCUUUUAUAUCAAGAGGGAGUCAUUGCGUCGAAGUGCCAUACAACAACAAGACAUUAAUCUCGAGGAACUUAGACAAUCAUUUGGUUCAUCUAAUGAGUUAAUCAAAUCCUUUCGCCACAACUACAAGUCUAAUGGGAUCAACAGUCGGCAUACAUUGCUAAAAGAGACUCAAUUAUUAGCCUCCGUUACUUACGAAAAGGAUACUAAAUGGGGUAAAGAGGUCGGUUUCUUGUAUGAUUCUGUGGCAGAAGAUUUCUUUACAGGGUUCAUGCUACAUUGCAAAGGUUGGACUUCGGUUUAUUGUGAUCCAUUGAAGCCACAAUUCUUGGGAAGCGGCACCACCAAUUUAAACGACUUAAUGCUUCAAGGCACGAGAUGGGGCUCCGGAUUGGUAGAAGUCGGUUUAUCAAAAUUCUGCCCUCUUAUAUAUGGACCACCAAGAAUGUCUCUUCUGGAGUCCAUGAUCUAUGGAGAACUUGCAUUUUUCCAUUUUUAUUUCUUGCCUCUUUGCUGUUUUGCCACUAUUCCCCAGCUAUGUCUACUUGAUGGCAUCGCCCUUUACCCAAAGGUCUCAAACCCAUAUUUCGUUAUAUUUUUGUUCAUCUUUUUGUCGGCCCUUUCUAAGCAUUUGCAAGAGGUCCUCUUAACGGGAGGGUCAUUCCAAUCAUGGAGAAAUGAACAAAGGAUAUGGAUGAUGAAAUCAGUUACAACUUACUUACAUGGAAGCUUAGAUGCUAUUAUGAAGAAGAUGGGUAUGAGAGAAGCCAGUUUCUUCCCCACCAACAAAGUUGUGGACGAUGAACAAGUCAACCUAUACCAAAUGGGAAAAUUUGAUUUCCAAACAUCAAACAUGUUUCUUGUUCCUAUGGUUGCCCUAAUCAUCUUGAACAUGGCUUCAUUUGUUGGUGGGCUUUUUAGGGUGAUAUUUCUUGGCGAUUGGGACAAGAUUUUUGUGCAACUUUUCAUCUCAUUCUAUAUCUUGCUUACGAAUUUUCCAAUAAUUGAGGGGAUGAUGAUAAGGAAGGACAAGGGACGUAUUCGAUCAUCAGUCACUUUAUUAUCUGCUAUGUUUUCGUGUGGUAUUUUGUUUUUGGGAUUCAUAAUUCUCCUUUGAUCGAUGUAUAUGUGUUACUUGAAUAAAAUUGGACAGCUUGCUCUCGCAACUGUUGCUUUAA